AUGGCUACUGUAAGCCCUCAAACAUGUUCAUGUCUGCUUGCUAAUAAUGCCUGCUUGGUGCCUACUUCCUUCUGGCUUACUGGCAUCCCAGGGCUGGAGUCCCUGAACAUCUGGCUCUCCAUCCCCUUUAGCUCCAUGUACCUGGUGGCUGUGGUGGGGAAUGUGACCAUCCUGGCCAUGGUAAAGUUGGAGCGCAGCCUGCACCAGCCCAUGUACUUCUUCCUGUGCAUGUUGGCUGUCAUUGACUUGGUCCUGUCAACCUCUACCAUGCCCAAACUGCUAACCAUCUUCUGGUCUGGUGCCUGUCACAUUGAUCUAGACUUCUUGACCCAAAUGUUCUUUAUCCACUGCUUCGUCACAGUAGAGUCAGACAUUUUCCUUGCCAUGGCUUUUGAUCACUAUGUGGCCAUCUGUGACCCACUAUGCCACACCUCAAUGCUCACCCAUGCAGUGGUAGGAAGUUUAGGCCCGGCUGCCCUCCUCCAUGGAGUACUCUACAUUGGACCCCUGCCCCUGAUGAUUCGCCUGAGGCUUCUCCUUUACCGGACCCAAAUCAUUGCCCACUCCUACUGUGAGUACAUGGCCGUGGUCACCUUGGCAUGUAGUGACACAACAGUCAACAACUUAUAUGGAAUGGGAAUUGUCUUCCUGGUAUUUAUCCUGGAUUCAUUAGCCAUCACUGCCUCCUAUGUGAUGAUUUUUAGGGCUGUCAUGGGGUUGGCCACCCCUGAGGCUAGGCUUCAAACCCUAGGAACAUGCAGUUCUCAUAUUUGUGCUAUCCUUGUCUUCUAUAUCCCCACUGAUGUUUCCUCUCUCACUCACUGCUUUGGCCAUCAUGUCCCUCCCCAUAUCCAUAUCCUUUUGGCCAACUUUUACCUCCUCAUUCCACCCAUCCUCAACCCAAUUGUCUAUGCUGUUCACACUAAACAAAUUCAAGAGAGACUUCUCCACAUUCUUAAGUCAGGGGCUCAACUCAAAUGA